AUGACAAAAUAUGUGCCUUGGUAUUACAAGAGAUCUCCCCCAAUAUUUUGUGGCAUUUGCCUUCCUGUAUAUAUGGGGGUCUGGCCGGCUAGAAAAUUUGUUGUUAUAAUUGGAUUUUUGUUAUUUUUGAUUGGAAUAUUACUUUUAUUGGGGCUUUUAUUGACUUGUAUUGCUGUUGAAUGUUCUUAUAUUGCCGGGGCUCUCCUUCCUUUCGCUAUAAUUUUAAUUAUUGCCGGACUUUUAAUUUUACAUUGUGGAUGGGCAGCCCAUUUACUUGAUAGAGAAGGGGGAGGAGUUCCUUUUGAUGAACAAACAAAAACAACAGUUACAACAACGAGACGACAGAAAAGAGGUGGUCCACCAAGAAAAGAAGAGGAAUUAGAUUUUGGAGAAAUUGAAGGGAAAGAGCCUCCACCGGAAAUUAAACAAGGUUAUUGGCAAUUUGAAGAAACAGAGGCUUGGCAAACUGUUGCUAAUCCUUAUCCAAUAAAUUACACUUUGAAACCCGUUAUAGAACGACAACCUUAUGUUCCCUAGAAAAAAAUGAUGUAGAAGGAUAUUUUUUUGGUUUAUAACAAAUCUAAAAUUAAUAAAAAAAGUCCUUUCUUUUAUUACUGCCAAAUUUGUUUU